AUGAUCACCGAACAAGUGGGUGAGUUCUCCAAGGAAAACAUCAUACCGGAGGUCCAUCUUAUCCAGCCAACUCCCGUUGCGUCGCUCGAUCAAACAAAUGAUCAGAACGAAUUAAGUGCUGAGCUAAAUAAGGAAGCUAAGUUAAAUGAUGAGGCUAAUAGAGUGAAUGAGGAAGCUAAGUUGAAUGAGGAAGCUAAUAAAGUGAAUGAGGAAGCUAAUAAAGUGAAUGAGGAAGCUAAACUUAAAACCACACCUUCAAAUCCCGAUGCUAACCUUGAUUUCACGUACAAACCUUUCAAAUGGUAUCGUUUGAUUGUUUACGACUUUAUUUUAUGGAUAUUCACCAUUAUUUUUGAUUGUUUCUUUAGAGAAAUUAGACCAAGAGGUGCUUUCAGAUUACCCAGAUCCGGUCCAGUCAUCUUUGUUGCCGCUCCUCACGCUAAUCAGUUUGUGGAUCCAAUCAUUUUAAUGAAUCAGGUUAAAAGAGAAUCAGGCCGUAGAAUAUCCUUUUUAAUCGCCGCCAAAUCGUAUAAUUUGAAAUUCAUUGGUAGUUUGUCAAAAUGUCAAUUAUCAAUCCCUGUUAUUAGAGCUCAAGAUUGCCUUGUUAAAGGUAGCGGUAAAAUCUUUAUUGAUUUUGAUUCAAAUCCAACCCUAGUUAAAGGUGAGGGCACUAAGUUUUUAUCAGAAUGUAUGUUAAAAGGUUUAAUUGCCUUACCCCAAUCUUUAGGUGCUAGUGAAAUUGUUGAUAUCUUAUCCGAUACUGAAUUAAUCAUUCGUAAAGAAUUUAAAAACACUCCCCAAAUUAAAAAAUUAUUAACUAAGGGUACUUCCUUUAAAAAAGCAGAUAAAGUUGAUCAAUCCAAUGUUUAUCAAUUGGUUUUCGAUCAUUUGAGCAAUGGGAAUUGUAUUGGUAUCUUUCCCGAAGGUGGUUCUCAUGAUCGUACCGAUUUAUUACCAAUAAAAGCCGGGGUGGCUGUUAUGGCUUUGGGUGCUAUGAAUAACGAUCCUAAUUGUAAUGUGAAAAUUGUUCCUUGUGGUAUGAAUUAUUUCAAUGCUCAUAAAUUCCGUUCAAGAGCUGUUGUGGAAUUUGGCCAUCCCAUUGAAAUUCCAAAAGAUUUGGUUAAAAAAUAUGCUAAUCCUGAAACUAAUCGUGAAUCAGUUAAAGAAUUAUUGGAUCUCGUUACCACUGGUUUAAAAGCAGUCACUGUCACUUGUGAAGAUUAUGAUACUUUGAUGGUGAUUCAAGCUGCUCGUAGAUUAUACGCUGGAAAUUUUGCUCAAUAUUUACCAUUACCCUUGGUUGUGGAAAUGAAUAGAAGAUUGGUUUUGGGUUACCAAACUUUUAAAAAUCAACCUAAAGUUCAAGAAAUUAAAGAAAAAAUUUUAAAUUAUAAUAAUAAUUUAAAACAAUUAUAUUUACCAGAUCACCACGUUGAAGACUGUAAUGAAUCAAAUAAAUUAAGAACUUUACCAAUCUUUUUAUUCAGACUUUUAAAAUUAAUUUUUUUCUUCAUUUUAUCUUUACCAGGUGCUACUUUAUUUAGUCCAGUUUUCAUUAGUGCUAAAAUAAUUUCUUCUAAAAAGGCUAAAUUAGCUUUGGCUAAUUCAACAGUUAAAAUUAAAGCUAACGAUGUUGUUGCUACUUGGAAAAUUUUAAUUGGUAUGGUUAUCGCUCCUUUAGUUUAUAGUUUUUAUGCAACUAUUGGUACUUGGUAUUGUUAUCAUUAUAAAAUAUUUUCAAAUUCCUCAAGUUAUAUUGGUAGUUGGUUGACCUUAUAUAUGUGUGGGGUUUUAGUUACUUAUGCUGCUUUAAUAACUGGUGAACAAGGAAUGGAUUUAUUUAAAUCAAUCAGACCUUUAUAUCUUUCUUUAAUCUCUGGUAGUUCAAUUAGAGAAUUGAAAAAACAAAGAAAUGAAUUAAGUGAAGAAAUUACCGAAUUAGUUAAUACUUUUGGUCCAGAAUUAUUUCCAAAUGAUUUCAAUCUUUGGGAAAUGAAGAACAAUUUGAGAAUUUCUGAUGAUGUUCAUUAUGUUGAUAGUGACGAGGAAGAAGAAAUGAAAACCCAAGAAUUGAGAAACAGAAGAUUAGCUAAACGUAAAGCUGCUAAGUUAAAAGCUAAACAAGAUAAAAAUAGUUCUGAAACUUCUAUUAAUACUCCUUCAGAUAGUGAAUUAUCUUUAAGUAAACGUUCUUCUUCAGUUUCUGAUGGUGUUUCCUUAAUGAAUUCUGAUAAUUCAUUAACUAACAUUCCAAUGUUUUCUGAUUAUCAUUUGCAUAAAAAUGCUAAAAAUCCAAAUAUUCAAGUUGAUUCUCAAUUAUCUUCAGUAAUGCAAUCUUCCUCUUCAAUUGCUGAUGAUUUCAAUUUUAAAUCGGCUAACAAACAGCAAUCAAAUUUUUCCAAGCCUAAUUUACUUAGAGAUGAUUCUCAAAUCGAAUUGAAUUUCACCAAUAAACUUGAUAAUGAAAAUUCAUAUUCUGAGAAACCAUCAUCUUCCAUUAAAUCUAAAUUAAGUGAUAAAAUUAAAAGAAGAGUAAGAGAAGGAAGAGAUAAAGUGACUUGA